AUGGGCAACGACGAUAAAAUCCAAUACGAAGCACUCCCUAUCCCCACCUACGAUGAGGCUACUGCCUCUCGCCCGAGCUCGUCGCGAUCCGAACAUGAUCCCGACGAACCCAGCAGCCAUGCCGAAAGACAGGGCUUACUCCAUGAUGCCGACGCUAAUACGACACACGAGGGACACCGAUCCCGAUUUCAUGGCUACCAUCCUCCCACCGUCGAGUCCGCUCGGAAUAGCGUCGACGACCUCGAAUCGUCGGCCCCGGGGUCGGAAAGAGGCUCCCUCGAGGACCUGCAGCGGGAACUCGCUCAGAUGGACGUGGAGGACCCGAAUCAACGGCCAAGCCGGCAUUCGAGAUUGCGCGCUCAAGUUUCCAAACGCUUCAACAGUCUGACUCGCACCCUAUCCUCGAUACACCUCCCGCUGCGUCGAUACCUUCCAAGCUUCCGUUUCACCGUCAACCUCGACACCGCUCGCUCAACAAUGCAAAACCACGGGUGCAUGAUCAUGCUGCGUGUGUUCGGCCUGCUACUAGUGGUUACCGUCGUUUAUGUGUUCUUUGUUUCGGAUAUCUUCAAUAUGAACACCCGAUUCAUUAUGGGACAGUCCUACAGUGCAGCAUCCGUGGAGAAUUUUGUCCAGGGCCACAUCAACGAAACGAACAUCGCAGAGAAUCUGAGAAGGGUCACACAGUUUCCUCACAUGGCUGGCACCGAAGGAAGCUACGUGUUGGCGGAAUGGAUCGAACAAGAAUUCCGGAACGCCGGACUGGAUGAGAUCGAAAUGGAGGAGUUCCAGGUAUACCUCAACUAUCCCACCUCCGAUGGAAGGAGGGUGGCUAUUGUCGACCCCCCAGACCUGGCCUGGGAAGCGAAGCUCGAGGAAGACAUCAAAGACGACAAUCAGCGAACACCGGUCUUCCACGGUCACUCGAAAUCGGGGAAUGUUACGGGACCGCUUGUGUAUGCGAACUACGGUUCCAAAGACGACUUUCAAUACCUGGCAGACCAGGGGGUCUCUGUGAACGGCUCUAUAGCAUUGGUUCGAUAUUACGGGUCUGAAACUGAUCGGGCCCUGAAAGUUAAAGCCGCCGAACUAGCAGGUGCUGUCGGCUGCAUCAUCUACUCUGAUCCGUCGGAGGACGGCUUUGUGCGCGGGGAACCCUUUCCAAAGGGGCGAUAUAUGCCAGCAGACGGCGUACAAAGAGGCGGUGUAAGUUUGAUGUCAUGGGUUGUCGGAGACGUCUUGUCUCCAGGGUUUGCAUCCACGCCAGACGAGAGCAAGAGACUUAAACCGGAGGAAAGCCAGGGGUUAACGGGUAUCCCAAGCUUGCCGUUGGCCUGGCGCGAUGCCCAGAAACUCUUACAAGCUCUCAAAGGCCAUGGCUCCAAGGUUCCUAGGAAGUGGGUUGGUGGUGUGCCGAAGAUCGAUCAAUGGUGGACCGGAAACGAGGACUCACCGACCGUCAAUCUCGUGAAUCUCCAGGACGAGGUAGAACGGCAGCCCAUUUAUAAUGUGUUUGGAAGAAUUGUUGGCCUUGAACAACCGGAAAAGAAAAUUAUCGUCGGCAACCAUCGGGAUUCAUGGUGUCUCGGCAGCGCCGAUCCAGGAAGCGGUACUGCCGUCUUCCUCGAGCUUGUUCGGGUGUUUGGCGAGCUACUUGAACUGGGGUGGCGCCCGUUACGUACCAUCGAGUUUGUCAGCUGGGAUGCAGAGGAGUACAACAUCAUCGGCUCCACGGAGCACGUCGAGAAGGAACUGGAGACCUUGCGCGAUAAUGCAUAUGCCUACAUUAACGUUGAUGUCGGUGUCGGAGGCCAGGACUUCGAGGCAGCAGGAUGUCCGGUCUUCGAGCGUGUCGUCAUGCAGAUCCUGGGCCGCAUCUCGGAUCCGGUCACCAACGAGACGCUGAAAGACAUCUGGGAGAAGAAGCAGAAACAGUUGGCUCCUCUGGGGUCUGGCAGUGACUAUGUCGCUUUCCAAGACAUAGCUGGAACGUCCAGUGUGGAUUUCGGAUUCACCGGCCAACCAUUCCCUUAUCAUAGUUGUUACGAGAACUGGGACUGGAUGACGAAGUUCGGAGACCCAGGAUUCCGUUACCAUAAGAGCUUGGGCCAGUUCUGGGGUUUGCUGCUCCUCCAAUUUGCGGACAGCCCGAUCUUGCCCUUCGAUUUGGAGAUUUACGCAGAGCGCAUCGCCGUCUAUGUUACCGAUCUGGAGAAUUACGCCAAGUCCAAGAAGGUUCCAAUCGCCCACAAAGAUAAGGCUGGUCGGGAUGUCUCCGUCACCUUUGAGGCUCUGUAUAACGCCGCCGCGAAAUUCCAGGGCGACGCUGCUAAGUUCCAAAAGUGGGCUCAGGUGUGGCACGACGCAGUCUGGGGAUCCGGAGGCUUUGAAAACAACGUGAUGGCUAUUCAACGGAUGUCUUAUAAUGCUCGGAUGGCUGCUUUUGAAACCCAUCUUUUGGACGAUCGAGAGGAUGGCGGAGUACCCAAUCGCACACAAUUCAAGCAUGUUAUAUUCGGUCCCCAGUUGUGGUCUGGCUAUGAUCCGACCUUCUUCCCAGCUAUUCGGGACAGCAUUGAUUCAGGCAACUGGACCCAAACCCAGGAAUGGGUGGACCGAGUCGCGGGCAUCCUGCAUAGCGCCAGCGAUCAACUCUUCCAUAACUGA